GAGAUUCAGUUCUUAAACUGUUCACUCAAGUUCUCAACUCAUUAUCACAAGUGAAUGAUCUGUUAAUUUGAAGAAAUCAACUCUAUUCACAAAUUACACACAGUAGAGCUGUCAAAUCACAACACACACUCUUACAAUUCUCAGGAUCUAAUAUAAAUGACAGAUAUAUCACAGAAACAUCACAUUCUACAUGAUUAAUUGCUGCUGGAUAAUUUGUUUCUGAGGUAUCUCUGUCUUGGCAGCAGACAAGGAUUUCGCGCCUGUCUAUGUCAGUAUAUUCCAGGCGAGCAACGAGCAACGGUGGCCCUGGAAAUCUCUCUUAAAUGAGGGUACAGAAAUCCCUCCUGCGCAGGAACAUGGCACUACUGCGCUGGCAAGGAGGAGUAUUGAUAUAUUUUGCCGCCCGAGUGCUGCUAUUACCAAUUAACCAGCCAAGCUGACCGACCCUUUGUUACUAUUCUUAUUGACACCUGAAAACGUUAAUGAGCGACUCUGCAGGACAAUCUCCUAAGCUGCAUAUGAGCAAUGGGAUUUUGCAAUUGAAUAUGUGAUUAUUAGCCCUUGGGCUGAACCCUCCAAGUUGCUUCUGAUCAGGCUAUCCCGGAGGGCUCCCGCAGUCCCGGGCGUUACGGUAUUCAGAACCUACAUGUAUUCUAGAACCUUUUUGGCGCAGCAGCAGCUAGGUGACUUUUUAUCGGGGCAGUGGCACAGUCGCAUUGUUAUGCAUAUAUCUGGUGCCUCGAUAUUUCGUCCAUUUGUGUGCUUUUUGCUGUGUCAUAUAGACAGUGCAUGCUCAUGCCGGACCGUAUGUAUGCUACGGGGGGGCAUUAGCGGGACGCAUACAAUUACUGCAAGCCUGAGAUGUAUAUAAUAUAUCCACAAGUUCUUGCUGCUUUUCUUUCUAUGGAAAUUGUUGAUGUUUCUGGUCCAGACAGAGUCGGGCAUUUUCUUGCUACCCAAAAGCCCUGAGCCCCAUUUCUCCCACGCUUGUUUUACGAAAAUCAUGCGGUGUUUGGGGAUUGUCAACAUCGCGGCUGCGUUCCUAUUUACUCUGGCCAGCUCUGGAUCUAUCGAGAAACGCAGCGGAUUCUCAAUCCAGCAAGUUUCAAAAUGCAGACCGACUCCUCGUUCCCCAAUGGAAGAAUAUGCGGUGGCCAUUCUGAGGGCAGAUCAUGCAAACCAUGCCAAACCAAAAGGGGUACUGGACAUCAUCAACGAUCUCCUGGAUAUCAUCAUGUACGAAAGGUCUGUAAAUCAGACUGUCUCAGCCACCCCAGAACCAUACGAUAACGAAUAUCUCAGCCCUGUGAAUGUUGCGGGAAAAAUUAUGAACUUGGCACUUGAUACUGGAUCUGCAGAUCUCUGGGUAUUUUCAUCGCAACAACCCUUGGUAGAAAGGGCUUCACACGACUUUUAUACACCCCUGCCCGGGAAGUUACCCAUGAAUGGAUCUUCUUGGGAGGUAAAUUAUGGAGAUGGUUCAUUCGCAAGCGGUAACGUGUAUAUUGAUAGAGUUUCUAUCAACGAUGUGGUUUCGCCCUCACAAUCCAUCCAGGCCGCCCAGAAGGUCGGCGAGACGUUUAUUGUUGACUCUAAUUUGGACGGCGUUCUUGGACUUGCUUUCCCUUCCGUUAAUAACGUUCGGCCUGAAAAACAACUCGGCUUCUUUGACAAUGUUAAAGAUACGCUUCCCGAACCCCUUUUUGCCGUAUCCCUCAAGAAAAACAAGCCCGGAACGUUCGACUUUGGCUUUAUCGACGAUGAUAAAUACAACGGCAACAUUACAUAUACUCCCGUCUAUGACAGUGGCUUCUGGUCUAUCAGCACCACGGGGUAUGCUAUUGGUGACUCUACUAGCAAUACCAGCACUCCUAUUAAAGCCUUUCUUGGUAAUUAGGAUCCAUAAAUUAAACCCUUCUUUCUUUUUUAUAUAAUAUCGUAGAAGCUGGUAUGCAUUGCACCCGGAGUCAACAAAAUUAACAGCUCUGCCUUCACACACAUCCAGACACAGGAACUACCCUGAUGCUCCUCCCCGAGCCCAUCAUAAACGAUUACUAUUCCCAAAUUCCCGGUUCCGCAAAAAUAUCUGGCCUCGCAAAUGCGUUUUUCAACGGUUGGAUGUUCCCUUGCAACGCCACUAUCCCGCCAUUUUCUCUCAUCAUUGAAAACAAUUAUCGCGCGACGAUCCCUCCGGAACACAUUAUCCUACGCCCUUUAUAUGGAGAUGGAGAUACGCCAAUGUGCUUUGGUAGCAUGCAGGCAGCGAUUCAUGAGGUUGUUUUUGGGGAUAUAUUGUUUAAGAGUCAGUAUGUGGUAUUCGAUACCGUGGGGCCGAGAGUAGGGUUUGCGAGGCAGGCGCAGUCGCAGCAGAAGUUAGAGGAGCAUGUAGUAGGAUAAAGAACUUAACUAAUUUGGAGUCAAAUGUACGAUAUUUGUCUGUGCUUUAGAAUAUUCAUUUCAUUUCUUUCUUUCGCUUAGGGAUCCUUUCAGGAGAUUGUUUCACAGUUGCUGUUCUCACACCCAUUUUUUGUUCAAUAGUCUAAUCAUUGAGUAUUAUUGUGAAUACUGCAAAGAGCAAAGAAAUCAGAACAUUCAUCACCCCAUCCUGAGAUGUUUAAAAAAAAAAGGGGGCAAUGAUACAGACAUGAAGCUUGAAGGAAUUUACAUCAAAACAUGAUAAUAUUUCUGGAAUUAUCAUACCAUUCACACACGGUUCAUAUGGCA